GUAAACCCGUUCUCGAGACUUCCUCGCGUCUUUUCUUACGAGAACCUGCACCAGGCAAGUCCACGAGCUGCAAUUCUGAGUGAAGAGGAUGCCUGAUCCUGUUCAGAUUGACGAAUGGGCGUAUGCUCGAGAACAAUGCCUUCCCUUUUAUGGUUGCCGAUUCUGGCGGGAUCACGCGAUCUUCUCGCGAGUAGAGCCUGUAGUGACUAUGAGGCGAGUGCUGAACAACGAAUCAAGAGCCUGGCACGCUGCACAAAAGAGGAGCUCACGAAAGGCUUCUGCCCUUUCAAUGCUCAUCCAAAACUAAGCCACGCAGACGAAGCUAUCGACACGAUGCUUUUUGCCUGGCAAGAGGGAGCGGGCAGAAGCAAAGCGCGCGCUUUUGAUGCUGCGGCUUCCAACCUGGCCUCUCGAUGCCGUGCCUUGACUUGAGCCGUGGCCGAGGCGAUUCCUUUCGGUCGUCUG